UUUUUAUAUCGAUACGGUAUCUCAGUACACAGAAAAUUAUUUUAUGCUGAAAAAACGCACAAAACGCGCAUUGUAAACGCAUUAAGAACAAACGCGCCCAGACCGCGACUCCUGGACAGGUUGGCAGCUAUAUAGCUUGUGCAGAUUGCAGCCCAAGUCGUAGUUUUAAGGAGCCGACACAAAGUUACAGCGUCGACAGCAGCCAACAGCAACAGCCCCAGCCCUCGCCCAACACUAACAACUACAGCAGCAGCAACAACAACAACCACCACCCUAACCAAGACAACAACAACAACUAGAGCCGCACAAUCACACAAAGCACCAGCAGCAGUAGCAAACGCAACAAAUAAUAUGCAGGCGAUUAAGUGUGUCGUCGUGGGUGAUGGUGCUGUGGGUAAGACAUGCCUGCUCAUCAGCUAUACGACAAAUGCGUUUCCCGGCGAGUAUAUUCCCACCGUCUUUGACAACUAUUCCGCCAAUGUGAUGGUUGACGCGAAGCCCAUUAAUUUGGGCUUGUGGGAUACGGCCGGCCAGGAGGAUUAUGAUCGCUUGCGGCCAUUGUCGUAUCCACAGACCGAUGUCUUCCUCAUUUGCUUCUCGCUGGUAAAUCCAGCCUCGUUCGAGAACGUGCGAGCUAAAUGGUAUCCAGAGGUGCGUCAUCAUUGCCCCAGCACACCAAUCAUAUUGGUGGGCACCAAGCUGGAUUUGCGCGACGAUAAGAAUACAAUUGAGAAGCUGCGUGACAAGAAGCUCGCGCCCAUCACAUACCCACAGGGUUUGGCCAUGGCGAAGGAAAUCGGAGCUGUUAAAUAUUUGGAAUGUUCGGCACUGACGCAAAAGGGCCUGAAGACCGUCUUCGAUGAGGCUAUUAGAUCGGUGCUCUGUCCCGUUCUGCAGCCCAAAUCCAAGCGCAAAUGCGCUCUGCUUUAAUUUUAAGACGCACACACACACACCAAUACACACACACAUACACAUAGAACAC